CGCGUACGGCCGGAAGCGGAAGUGGGGUCGCGACGAUCAUGGUGCCGCUGGGGUGGGGAAGGAGCCGCCGGCACCCGAUGAGCCGUUCCGGCCGGAGCUCCCGGUAGCGCGGUGAGAGGCGCGGAGCCAUGGGCGAGAACAGUCCCGAGGGCAACGCCAUCUGCUAUGAAGCGGAGGAAGACGACUUAGCCCAAGAUGAAAAUAUGAUGAGGUUCCCUGACAAAAACGGGCUGGUGUCCUCCUCGUCCGGGACGGUGUAUGACAGGACAACUGUGCUCAUAGAGCAGGACCACAGCGUGCUGGAGGAUGAGGAGGAUGAAGGACAGUGUGGUGACCACUUGCCUUUUUUACCCGAGGGUCACGAAGAAGGAUUUCAUUUACUAGCAGAUCAUGAAGGGAUGUCACAAGGUUAUGUGCAACAUAUUAUUUCUCCAGAUCAGAUUCACCUAACAAUAAAUCCUGGCUCAACUCCCAUGCCAAGAAACAUCGAAGGAGCAACGCUCACUUUGCAGUCUGAGUGCCCAGAAACCAAGCGUAAGGAGGUGAAGCGCUACCAGUGCACCUUUGAGGGCUGUCCCCGCACCUACAGCACCGCUGGCAACCUGCGCACGCACCAGAAAACCCACCGGGGGGAGUACACCUUCGUGUGCAACCAGGAGGGCUGUGGCAAGGCCUUCCUCACCUCCUACAGCCUCAAAAUCCACGUCCGGGUGCACACCAAGGAGAAACCGUUCGAGUGUGACGUGCAGGGCUGUGAGAAGGCGUUCAACACGCUGUACAGGUUGAAAGCACAUCAAAGGCUUCACACAGGGAAAACAUUUAACUGUGAAUCAGAAGGCUGCAGCAAAUACUUCACAACGCACAGUGACCUGAGGAAGCACAUUCGAACACACACAGGAGAAAAGCCAUUUCGGUGUGAGCAUGAUGGCUGUGGGAAGGCUUUUGCUGCAAGCCACCACCUCAAAACACAUGUUAGAACACAUACUGGGGAGAAACCCUUCUUCUGUCCCAGCAAUGGCUGUGAGAAGACUUUCAGUACCCAGUACAGUCUCAAGAGUCACAUGAAAGGUCAUGAGAAGGGACAUACCUAUAAUGCACUUUCCAGUAACAAUGUGUCUGAGGAUACAAGUCACUCACUUUGUCUGAGUGAUUUAAGCCUCAUAUCAACAGAUUCAGAAUUGCGGGAGAACUCUAAUCCAACACAUGGACAGGACCUCAGCACAAUCUCACCAGCAAGCAUCUUUGAGUCUAUGUUUCAGAGCCCAGACCACACUGCAAACCAGGAUGACUCUCAGCAGACAGCAGCUUCCUUGAUUGAAGGGUUUAACGGCGACGCGGACUCGGUGGCUGCGGUCCCGCCCCCAGCAGGAGACGCAGCCUCCUUGUCCCUCCCCCUUGUCCUGCAGCUCGGCCUCCCUGAGCCCGCGCAGGCGGCGCUGCAAGCUUCGCCAGCACCUGCUGCUCCCUCCUCCAUAGCACCCAGCUCACAGCCAGCUGCGUUUGGGAAUCCUGCAACUGUUUUACAAUCCCCAGAAGUGCCUGUUCCUCACAGCACACCGUUUGCAGCCAGUCACCAAGACUUCCUGCAGCACAGCCAGCCUCCGCCGCAGCCCAUUGUUCAGGGACUGUCAGUGGUUGCUGGGGCUCCUGCCCCAACAGCCCCGAGUGCCACUGAGCCCCUGCCAGCUGUAGUUCAGACUGUGCCUGUUGGUGCAAACCCUGUUUUGACCAGUAACCCCACUAUAACCAUUACUCCUUCUCCAAGCACCGCCAUUCUGCAGUCCAGCAUUGUCAUGGGAGAGCAGAACUUACAAUGGAUCUUAAAUGGUGCCACUGGUUCCCCACAAAGCCAAGAACAAAUGCCACAAGUUCCAAAAGUAGUAGAAAAGGUGUUUUUUACCACUGCAUUACCAGUAGCUGGUAACACAGGAAACCCUGUUCAGCAGAUUGGUCUCAGCGUUCCUGUUAUCAUUAUAAAGCAGGAGGAGGCCUGCCAGUGCCAGUGUGCCUGCAGAGACUCUGCCAAGGACAAAGCCACCUCCACCGUUAAGAAGGAAUGUUCCUCACCUGAUUCAAAAGCUUUGGAGCAGCCAGCUUCCCAGCUGCAGCCUCAGACCUUUCCUUCCUCCUCUGCUCCUCCUCCUUGUGGGCAGAGCAGUCAGAUAGUUAACCCUUCAGACUCCCAGACUGAAACAUUAAGUGCCAUGGAUGUAUCGGACUUCCUGUCCCUCCAAAGCCCUGAAACCCCGUCUAAUAUAAUUCCAAUUGAAGCACUACUGCAGGGUGAGGAAGAAAUUGGUUUGAAUAGCAGCUUCUCUAAGUGAAGAUGUUCCAGAUUUUCCUUUGCACCUGGAGGGUAAAAGCCUUCUCCUUAGAAGCAGAAACUGAAGGAUUGAUUCCUAUUCCUCCUUCCUCUUUGGAAGUUUUGUGGCUUAUUUCUGCUUCACGGAUGUCAUCUUAGUCACGUCCCAGGUACAUCCACCUUUGAGUUUCUAUCUAAAAAAAGAAAAGGUAAAAAAAAAAGAAAUAGCUAAGUUAUAUAUGAACUGUUUUGGCUGCACUGUCUGUCACUUUUGCUUGUCAUAUGUGAACACAGAAGUUAAGGUUACUUGUGUGCAAAAAGAUUUUUAAAAGGAAAAAGGGGGUUACUUUGUCUCCAAUUGCACAUCACUUAUGUUUGGGAUUAAGGUACUGGCAGCAAGUGGGUCUUUGUUACAACUUCUUGGGUCUCUAAUCUUCUCCUGUCUCUCAUGUCUCUACUAACCAUGCACUAAAGGGGAGCCCAGGAAAGGAGGCUGUGGGGGAGGAAAUGCAUAGCUGGGGGAGAACAUUUAUCUGCAGUGUGAUUUAAAUGUGAUUGUCACAUACCUGGUGAGGAGUUAGUGCCUGGUUUUGCUGUGUACUGAUGCUCUUACUGAAGCCUCCAGGAGCUUUGGGGGAGUUUAUUUCAGCAGGGCACAAGUACCUUGUGGCCCUAAUAGAUCUGUUAAUUUAAUUCCACUAGGACUCAAGUGUGUUGCAGACACUGUGUCACAACAUGGAAGCACAGUCGGAGCCGCAGCUGGCUCUGGCUCCAGAGUCUCUUGGCCUUUCCAAAGGCUGCAGUGAGGGUCAGGUUGGUGCCUGCUGCUCUUUUGAUUUCUUAGGCUCUGUUCAGCAACAAGUCAUCAUGCUAACCCUGUUGAAUCAGGAGCAUGGUGCCUUUGCUGGUUACUCUCAUCUUUUGUGAAGAACAACCCUUAAGAAAAUUUUGAGAAAGAUUCAACAUAAAUUCAGUUUGAACUCAGUGAGUCUGUCCUUCAGCUGUCCAUACAUGUUUUUUUUUUUUUCCAGUGAGCUGUAGAAUUUCUGCCUGACUCUGCCUCCAGCCUACUGCAAUGCCAGCUUUUUGUGCACGGGGCUAUUUCUUGGCUAAAAGAUGUUACACAACAGAAUAGUUUUUCAUAUCAAACUGAGAGUCUAUAGUCUAACCUACUCAGGGUAAAUCAAAUCCAAACCCCCACCUUCCACCAAAAAGCCUGUAAUGUUGCAAUAAAUGCAGUCUCAUUCUAAAUGGUUUAUUUAUGCUGCAUUAUUUUAAAAUAUGUGAUUUUAUAGUUUUUAUCCAUCUUUCUCGCUUUGGCUAUCAGUUUUCUUGUGUUAAAGGAAAGAAUAUUAAAUAGUCUUUAUUCAGUUUACAGUGCUGUCAUUAGUGAGAUACAAAGAUAAUGACUGUAAGCCAAUUAGUAGGAAGUGUCCUGCACUCAAUUUAGGAAUACAAACUGUAGUGGAUAGAGGUCUUUCACUCUUUGUGUUUGAUCAGAGCUGCUCUCUGUACCUCUGGGGAGGGGAGAACCCUGUGAGUGCUGCCUGGUGAUCAGCAGGUGUUAAAUCCUCCUGUGACAUGCUCAGUGUACCCUGACCAACACUGAGACUGGCUUCAGCCACUUCUCUGCUGUUCCCCUGAGAAUGCACUGCCCAGGCACGGGUGGAAAGGGACUGAAGGGAACUGGCCUUCCCCUCCUACACAGCUUCUGUGAGGUGCAGAAGGGAAAGAACCAUGUCCCGUGAGGGCAGACGGGUGUGCCAGGAACACUCCGUGCCUGGGACACACCGCGUGUCUGUACCAGGGCAGAGAGCUCGGUGUUGGCAGCUGCAGGGAUGAACUCGAGGGCAUCACACAUGCUGGUGGUGUUUCCUCUGGGUGUGUGGCAGGGCUGUUGUAGCAGGGCUAUGAGUCCUGCAGCAACAAGGUUUGGCAUCCACAAAACAGGUUAACAAAGCAUUUCUUGUUUUGUUCCUGUCAUGGCAAUCCUAGGAGGGCAGCAAGGUGGUGGCUCCUUUGCUUUUUUUCUACAGCUUCAUUUUGUGCUGCAGUUGAGUUGCGUGGCAGCAAGAACUGCUUUGAACACAAAAAACAUAGUCCCAAGCCUGCAUGGUUGGGACUGUCCUCGCAGAGGAGUUUCCUGCCAGCUACUCUGCCUAGAGCUCCACUUGGGAGGGGAGUGAGCACUGCCUGGAGUCCCUCUGGUGCCUCUUCACUGUGGCUUCGGGUAUUUUCUUUGGCCAAGUGCAGCUGUGGUGUUUGAGGGUGAGUGGGUGUGGAUGUGUGCCUGUGGGUGACUGCUGAUGCAGGAGUGUGAAGAUUCCCCAGUGGGGGUUACCUCUGAUGGGGGACAAGGGUCCCAGAUGUGGCCUGCACUGUGACAGCUGGGCAAUUUAGCAACCGCUUCUGAGCCUUCACAGCCUUUAGGGAGGCUUUUUUACUUUUGCUACUUAUGACUUAGUCAACCUAAAACACGCUCCUGGUUGGACCAGAGAGCAUCUUCAGAAACUCUUUUGUGACUGAAAUGAGUAGAAGAAACUACCAGAGUCUCUGAACUGGGAAGCUCAGUGUGAAGCUGCAGUGAUGGGCAGCAGUGCCCAGGGUCAAUCUCUGCUGUUUCUCUUCACAGCUGCUGGGUUUUUUUUGUUGUGUUCCAGGAAAAGCACUAUGUCCUGCUCAUUCUUUGGUGCAUUGGGUUUGCCAUUUCCCUCUUAUACAUGCAUCAGGCAGGCUGCAAUUCAGGUGGAACUGGUUAAAGCUUGUACUGAGGCAGGAGCAUGUGAUUCUGUGAGCACAUGGGCUGUGCAUCCACUGUGUUUUACAGGUGUGUGCUGUUGUUGUUUAUCGUCCCAUCUGCUUUCCAGAGUGUUUGUGCUGCGUGUGUCUGAGAUGUUUUCACAUUUGUAUCAUCCCUAGUACUGUGUGAUCAGACUGUGCUCCAGGGCAGUCUGUGCCAUGCUGGGAUGGGAGGAGAUCAAGGGCAGCUGCAGCAAAGCCCUGAGAUUCUGCAAGGCCAGAGAUUUUCCUGUCCUCUCCUUGCUGCCCCAGUAUUUAGCAUAUUCUGUUAAUGAAAGGGAGAGUUUCUGCCCUGGAUCCCCAGAAAAGGGUAAAUGUGUUGGAGUCUCUGGGAACAGCGUGCCUGCCUCUACAAAGUCUGCAUGAACCCCUUUAAUUAUCAGUUAGAGAGCAAAAGUGCACUGUUCUAGGUCACCUGUUUUGUGCUAGUGGGGGUUUACUUGGUCACUCAUAGUUUCUAGAUGGGUGUAGAAGCUCAAAUAUGUAGAGGGGGUCAAGUUACUGACUUUGGUAGCUUUGGUCACCAAGCAAGGACCCAAACGAGCAGACUUGGUGUGCAGCUGAAGGUUGGAGAAAUAGCUUUUUGUGCUUGUAGGUGGGGGGUGGGGGGAUGGGGUAGAAAAUCAGCACUGAUUGAAUGCUGGUACUGAAUUACAUGGAACAAAGUACGAGUUGGACACUUGUAUAAUGCUGAGUGUCCCCAGGAAGACAAGUUUGCAGAACCUCAUACUGGUAUCUAAAAUGCACUUUAGGUUAUUUUAUCUUUAACCCAAUUGCUGCAAUUUCUUUUGUAUAUACUUUCACAAAGUUUAUUUUUGCUCUGAGUAAAAGUUAACAGGGGUGUGCAAAGAUGAGCACUUAACUUGGUGCAAUACCUGUAGCUAAAGAUCCUUGUCCCACGUGGUCCGUGUGUGUCUGUCUGACAGAACAGGUGUGGUGGGUGCUGUGCUGCCCUUCCCCCGUGCCCCAGACAAAUUAUGCAUCGUUAGCAAAGUCCAAUCUAUGCAAAUAACCCUCUGAGAGCACUGUGCUUCAGCAGCCUUUUCUCUCAUGCUUUCUGGGGGCUGCUUGUCACUCCUGUUGGACAUGCCGUGUCCCUUGAUGUGUGUCCUUCUUCCCCUGUCCUUGUUCUGUCACCCACGUGGGAACACAAGUGACAAGCUGCUUUCAAACAGGCAUGUUGCACCUUCGAAAUUUGUCUUCAAGAUGGUUUCUGAUGUCCUGUUACUGCCUUAUUUCUUGGGGGUGGCACGGCUGUAGGCAUCCACAAUGUUGUCCUGAUGUGCAGCAACGCUGUGAACUGUUUACAGCACUCCUCCUCCGAGAUAAACUGGGUUCAGGGCUGGAGCCAGCCUUGGCAUGGAGCGGCAGGGGGAGCCGAGCCCAGGGUAGCUGUCCUUGAUUAGAGAUGAGCAGCUCUUGCUGGGUUGUUCUGAGGUGAGGCAGCUGGGUCAGUGGGGCAGAGCAAAGGAGCUCUGCUGUCACGAACUCGCUUCCACCGCUGGCCGGGAGACACCGGGCAGGGCUCAGAACCUCGCGCUGCCUCGGAUCCUCCCCACGGAGCCAGGCCAGGGUGUUGUCUCCAUGACAUGAUUUGAGAUCUGUGGGUGAAAAGUUCUUGGCAGGAGUUACCUGAGCUAGCGGGGCAGAACUGUUGGAGUCAGUUUGGACUGUAAGGCAAAAAAGAAGAGCAUGUCUUUAAUAAACCCUAUGAAUUUCUGACUGCAGAGUUUUUAAUUGUAUACUAUUUUUUCCGCAACGUAUUUUGGAAGCAAUGUCGAGUUUUUAUAAAUGUUACCUGUAGUCAAUUCUCAUGGACAGGGCUGAACUUUUAACUUUUUUGUGUCUUGUCUUGAUAUCUUAUCACAUGUUCUAGAAGUUGGAUUCUGUGUCUGCACUGAGAAAUGCAAAUUAAACUGGAUAUUUAUGUAGUAGUGUACCUAGUCUAAGUGUGUGUUUUUGGAACUAGGUGAAACCCCACACCAUGCUGCAGUGGUGUGCAAGCUGGCCAAAAUUUGGUUCAUUAUGCAGUGUAUACUUUCUCAAAUGCAGUUUCUACUUUUUCUUAAAAAGAUUUUUUUCACAUGACCUUUUCCAGCAGACUCGAGGGUGUGUUUGCAGUGCUGUAGUUGCAGUCGCUGGUGUUCCUGGUUUGUGACUCUCUUGUCCUCCCGCUGCUCGGGCUGACCCUGCUCUGUUUUGCCUCACCCAGCCCAAAGCCCAGCCUGGCUCCACACCGGGGGCAGCUCCAGCUCCAGCUGAGCUGUUGGGGCUGGGGGGCUGCACUGCCUGGGGCUUUGGAGACAGCUGAACUAAACCCCAGUUUCUCAAGAAUGUGUGUGUGCUAAUAAAGGAAUUUAUUUAACUCUGAAACAUGGCAACAAAUGUGCUUAUAUUGAGCAAUGUGAAGAUGUUAGUUACAGGUACAGUACUUCCAAAGGAAGAACGUCUCCAAAACCCAAAAGAGUAAAUAUGAAUUUGUAUUUUUUGAAGAAUGUGAAAUAAUGGUGUUUGCUUAAUUGCUCAUUUUGUAUGAAGUUAAUAUUGUACUUUGAAAUAUCUGCAAAGAAGUGGAAAUUAACCUUUUUGGAAUUGAAAGCAAUAUUAAUACUAAUGGAAUCCUAAUUAAAUGCUUAUUUAAACAUUG